UCGAGGCCCCAGACAGAAGUACCCUGGCGUCCUGGCCACCGGCCAACACAGCAAUCGGCGACACACCGCCACCGGGCAGGCUCGCUGCCCAAUCCCUCAUUCUUCCCGCCGGAAAUCCCCACCGGCCACCACCGCGAUCCCCGCGCCGACCGUCCGCAUCCAGCGCACAAAACCCUAGCCGCCGCCCCACGCCCUCAUCCGCCACCGCCACCGCCACCAUAAACCCCCCGCCCCCCACCUCGCAUGCUCGUCGUCCCCUUCUCCCUACCCUUCGCGCGAAACUCCAGCCGCCUCCGCUUUCUCAUCCCUGCCUCCGCUGCUCGCGUCGCCCGUCUCGCCAUGUCGGCCUCGCCGCAGGCGGCGGCGACCGUCUCCGUUGAAUACGCCAAGUCCGGCCGCUCCACCUGCAAGGGGUGCAGCGGGGCCAUCGCCUCCGGGGCGCUCCGCCUCGGCGUCUCCGCGCGCGACCCCCGCGGCUUCGACGCCACCAAGUGGUACCACGUCGCCUGCUUCCCCUCCGCGUCCCACCCGCUCGGCUCCGUCGAGAGCAUCAAUGGGUUCGACUCCAUUAAGGAAGCCGAUCGCGAGGAAUUGCAUGAGCUAGAGAAGAAUCCUAAGAGAGAACAGACUGCAGCCAGUCCAUUGGAGGAACCAAGUCCAAAGAAAGUAAAGACUCAGUCCCCUGCAGAGGGUGUGUCAGAUAAGGCAAGCGUCUCUGUUGAGUAUGCGAAGUCUGGCCGCUCUACAUGUAAGGGCUGCAAUGAGAAUAUUGCCAAAGCCACCCUCCGCCUUGGUGCCUCUUUUCAUGAUACCCGUGGCUUCGAAAAUACCAAGUGGUACCAUGUUACAUGCUUCCCCACAUCAUCAUACCCUGUAUUUCCUGUGGAGAAUCUGAAGGGGUUUGAUUCAGUCGAGGAUCAUGAUCGCGAGAAGCUGCAGAAGUUAGCAGAGAAUCACAAGAGUGAUGACAAUGCAGCUGAUCAGUUAAAGAAAGAAAUGGCUCACAGCAUUGGGGACUCGAAAGAAGUUACUGAAAAGAAUCCGGAAGAAGUAAAGAAUCCAUUGGGCAAGCCUAGUCCAAAGAAAGUAGAGACUCACAUGGCUUCGCUUGCGAAGGGGGUGUCUGAAAAGGUAAGCGUUUUGGUUGAGUAUGCAAAGUCUGGCCGCUCCACCUGCAAGGGAUGCGGUGAGAAUAUUGCCAAAGGUGCCCUCCGCCUUGGUGCCUCUGCUCAUGACCCCCGUGGUUAUGACAGCACCAAAUGGUACCAUGUUGCAUGCUUCCCUGCCUCAUCAUACCCAGUGUUUCCUGUGGAGAGUCUUAAGGGAUUUGAUUCCAUCAAGAGUAACGACCGUGAGAAGUUGCAGGAGUUGGAGGAGAAUUACAAGAGAGAUGGCAAUGCAGCUGAUCAAUCGAGUGAGCCAAACCUGAAGGAACAAAUGGUUGACAGCAUGGGGGUCUCUAAAGAAGGUGCUGAAAAUAAUCUGGAAGCAGUAAAGUUGGCUGCAGGGAACAAUAGAAUUCGUCCAGCUAUAUCCUUUUCGGUAUCUGACAUCAGUAAAGAUUACAAGGGUGCUACCCUUCCCACUCAUUGGAAGGCUUUUGAGACAGUUAUCUUCCGUGAACAGGAAGAUGGCCUUCAUGCUUCGGCCAAGAUUGCUGCAUUUGAUUUUGAUGGAUGCCUUGCCAAAACUUCAGUGAGGAUCAUUGGUGCAGAUAAGUGGUCUUUACAGCAUAAAUCAAUUCCGGAAAAAUUGCAAAGGCUGUACAUUGAUGGUUACAAACUGGUCAUAUUCACCAAUGAGUCAAACAUUGAUCGCUGGAAGAAUAAGCGGCAGGAAGCUAUUGACUCCAAAGUGGGACGCCUCGAUAACUUUAUUGAGUGUGUUAAAGUCCCUAUUCAGGUUUUCAUUGCUUGUGGUUUAGGGAAAGGAAAAGGUACUCCAGAUGAUCCAUACCGCAAACCAAAUCCUGGAAUGUGGUGCUUGAUGGCUCAGCAUUUUAAUUCCGGAAUUGAAAUCGACAUGGAUAAAUCUUUCUAUGUUGGUGACGCUGCUGGGAGGGAGAACGAUCAUAGCGAUGCUGAUAUAGAAUUUGCUAAGGCCAUCGGUCUGAAGUUUCACGUUCCUGAGGAAUACUUCGGUCCCUAGGAGUUCUGAGAUCAGAUCCAUGAGAGCAAGAUGGUUAUGCUACGAUGAUAUGUAGUUUUUGAUGUUGAGAGCUACCCUGAUGUGGAAAUCUGUCUUUGGCCGUUCAAACCGUCUAGUAAUAUCUUGGCUAUUCGCAGUUGGAAAAUGUGGUGCUAAAUACUUGCUGAGAUAACGCAGGACUCCAGCAGUUUUUUAGGAUUCAGGACAGCCUUUAAAGCAUCUAUGGUAGAUUACCUAAAUUGGUUUGAUAUCCUUAUAAACUGCCAGAAUAACUAAAAACCAGAAAAAAAAACUGCUUCAGCAGAUGAUCUAUAUGGGUUGCUAUUUUAGGCUAAGAUCUAAAUUUCUA